AUGGAUCCACGUACCAGUGGUCAGGAUGUGAUGCGAUGUGACACGUGUAAGACAGCUGUGGUACAGAUGCACUGUCUUACGUGCCUUGUCAACUUGUGCAAGGUUUGCUUGGGUGAACAUUUUUCAGCUGAUCUCUCAAGAAAUCACAAAAUUGUUGACUUUAAAGAUAGAAAAUCCACCCCUUUCCACCCUGGAUGUACCUCUCAUGCUGAAAAGCAAUGCCAAAUGUACUGCAAUCAAUGCAACAUUCCUGUUUGCACCAAGUGCCUUGCAUCUGAUCAACAUUUAGGUCAUAAAUUAUCAGAAAUAUUGCAAGGUCUGGACGAAAGAAAAGACAAACUAAUCAGAAAUCAAACUGAACUACGUGAAGCAAUUUAUCCAACCUACCAGGACAUUGCCUCUGACAUACAAAAGAGAAUGACUCAGUUAGAAAAGCAAUAUGAAGAUCUAUCAGCAGCCAUAACUAAUCAUGGAAAACUUUGGCACACAGAAAUUGACAAUCUCGUUGAGAAACUUAAAGCUGAUGUUGAUGAAAUGAAAAAAACACAGAUACAAACUGUGCAGAAACAUCUGGACGAAAUACACAAAUCAUUGUUUAAAAUCAAGGAAGAAAUCAAUUUAAUUGACGUUGCUGUCAAUUCAAAUGACAUUUCCAAACUAUACAAUGUCACAAUCAAUAUAGACAAGUAUAGGCAGUUACCAUAUAAACUUCUGCUCUACUUACCUAAAUUCACUCCAGGAAGAAUUUAUGGAAAGCUGUUAGGAACCUUAUCACCAGCUUUUUCAUCCCAGGAUAAGACGAGAUAUAGCAUGAAGAAAACGACAAAGUCAUGGGAAGCUCGAUCCUCUCUUCCAAUGAAACAACUGCUUGUUGAACCAGAUACUGUCACUAACAUAGACACAGGAUAUAAAUGUUUCCUUAACUAUGUGGCCUGUCUGAGUGACGAAGAAAUCUGGACAAGUGGAGAUGACAGUAUCAUUAAACUCUUCAGCAUCAAGGAAGGAUCACAACUGAAGUCAAUCAGAACCAAGUCAGGGUACAUGCCAAGGGACAUAACAGUGACGAAAAGCGGAGAUCUAGUUUAUAUUGAUUAUGAUUAUAGAACUGUUAACAUUGCUAAGAAUGAGAAGAUAGAGGAGGUGAUCAAACUUCAGAACUGGAAUGCUUACGGUCUCUGCAGCAGCUGCUCUGGUGACAUUCUGGUUGUCAUGAGCAGUGAUGACAAAAAGCAAUCAAAAGUUGUCCGUUACUCUGGCUCCACAGAAAAACAAACCUUUAAGGUUGAUAAUAAAGGUAAACCUCUCUAUUCCUCGAUAAAACGAAUCAGUGAAAACAAGAACCUGAAUAUCUGUGUGUCUGAUAGUGAUGCUGGAGAAGUAGUGGUGAUCAAUCAGAUCGGGGAACCGAGAUUUAGGUACACUGGAAAUAUGUCUGUUGCGAAGAAAAAUCCCUUCAAACCUCAAGGAAUCACCACAGACAGUCAGAGUCACAUCCUUACAACUGAUAUUAACAAUCACUGUGUCCACAUCAUAGACCAGGAUGGACAGUUCCUCCGUUGCAUAUACGGUAGAUUGAGUCAACCGUUGGGACUGUGUACAGAUGCAUAUGACAAUCUCUUCGUUGCUCAAAAAGGGAUUAGGCAAGUGAAGAAAAUCAAAUAUCAGCAGUGA